CCGUCGGAGUGGGAGCUCAGUCCCGGGAAGGGAAGGCGAGGAGAAGGGGCGCAGGUGCUUCCUUCCACCACCUGUCAUGGCCGGGCGCGUGUGGAGCCUGUCGGAGGUGCGUCGGCGGUGCGCGGAGGGCUCGUGCCUGGUGCUGCUGGGCCGGAGGGUCUUCGACGUGGAGCCCUUCGUGAGGCUGCACCCGGGAGGGGAGGAGGCGCUGCGGGGGAGGGCCGGCAAGGACAUCCGGGAUGCCCUCGAGGGACCCCCCCACAGGCACUCCCUCCAGGCCCGCAGGUGGCUCAUGCAGUACCUGGCCGGGGAACUCGACGGAGAGGAAGAAGCAGAGCAAGGACGAGAAGGAGGAGAAGGAGGCACUCCAGACCAGGACCACGUAGAGCGAUGGGAUUCCGCGGUGACGGCCGCUGCUGCCAAAAUGAUGGAUCCAAGGUGCAAAGCCGUGGAUGAAGCGACGGACCUUGUGGACUGGCGGAAGCCUUUGCUGUGGCAAGUGGGCCAUUUGGGGGAAAAGUACGACGAGUGGGUGCACCAGCCGGUCAACCGCCCCAUCCGCCUCUUCCAUUCCGACUUCAUCGAGUCCCUCUCCAAAACGGCAUGGUACAUGGUGUGCAUCGUCUGGAUCCCUUUGGUGCUGUAUCUCAGCUGGGCCUGUUACACAUCCCUUGCCCGGGGAGAGACGCGGCUCUUUUCCACGUUCACAACAGCGUACUCCAUCCCCAUCCACAAGUAUUGCUUCCCGCUGCUCUUUGUGGUGGGAAUGGGCAUCUGGUCUUUCCUGGAAUAUUUCAUCCACCGCUUCAUCUUCCACAUGAAGCCGCCCGCCAGCAACUAUUACCUGAUCACCUUCCAUUUUCUGCUCCAUGGGCAGCAUCACAAGUCUCCAUUUGACGACUCCCGCCUGGUUUUCCCUCCGGUCCCGGCGUUCCUGGUCAUCGCCUUCUUCUACGUUUUCGCCCACAUUGCUUUCCCCGAAGCAUUUGGGGUCUCCCUCUUCACGGGGGGCCUCUUCGGCUACGUCGCCUACGACAUGAUGCACUAUUACUUGCAUUAUGGGUCACCCAAGAAAGGCACCUACCUGUACAAGCUGAAAUCCUACCACGUGAAGCACCAUUUCGAACACCAGAAAGCAGGCUUCGGCAUCACCAGCACCUUCUGGGACCGUCCUUUUCGGACGCUCAUCCCAACAGAGACCUUUGGAAAACAAGACUAGCGCCCGCCUUUGCUCCUUCGCUUGCUGCUCUGUUGACUUUCGUUGCUUCUACUCUCUCCAAUGGGAUUUGGUUGAAGGGCAACAAGGCUUGGACCCCAAAGGAGGACUCCUGCUCCCAUUGGAGUUGGCCAAGUUACUCCUCUCUCGAGGAAACGGCUGCACUUCAGAUCUCGGACUCUGGCAAGACUGUUGGGACUCAUUGCCAAAAGGAACCGGCUUUGCCCCUUUCAAUUGGGUGCGGUCAAGAUAUUUGGAUGCACCCAAAGAGCCAAGCUUUUCAGUGCCUUUUCUAUGUAUGCAAGGAUGCUGCUGCUUUUGGAGCGAUCUUCUCGGAGGACCCGCAUCCCAAGGUUUAAUCAAGGUGGCACAAAGACUUGUUCCUGCAGGUGAAUUGUUUUGUUGUUGUUCUUGGUGAUGGUGAAGGGUUGCACGACGGGAGCUCUUUAGAUACCCUUCUGCACCAACAACAGGUUUGACCCAUCACUGGCUCGGUUUUCCUUUCCGGGUGAAUGCACCAGGGUUUAUUAAUUGAGAUCUUCUCCAAAUGGCCACAUUUUCCAUAUAUCAGGGUGUUGUUUUCGUCUGUUUUUACUGUCUGUUUUGGGUUUGCUAUUCUGGAGAAGGAUUGGGCGCAAAAACCUUAGAGGUCACAAAGUCCAGCUGCAAUCUAACCAAAGAUUUCCCAUCAGUUUAAAACUAGUAGUUGCUCUUUCCUUGUGUUUUGUUCUCAUCCGAGAAUCUCCGGUCAGCCAUGCGUCUACGCUGUAGGUUUAAUGCAGUUUGAAGGUGCCAUGGCUCGGUGCUGUGGAAUCCUGGGAGUUUUGCAAGGUCUUGAGCCUUCUAUGCUAAGACAGUUCCUCACCAAACUACAACUCCCAUAGGGUUGUUGUAGGUUUUUUCGGGUUAUAUGGCUAUGUUCUAAGGCAGUGUUUCUCAACCUUCCUAAUGCCACGACCCCUUAAUACAGUUCCUCAUGUUGUGGUGACCCCCAACCAUGAAAUUAUUUUAGUUGUUACUUCAUAACUGUAAUUUUGCUAAUGUUAUGAAUCGUAAUGUAAAUAUUUGAUAUGCAGGAUGUAUUUUCAUUCACUGGACCAAAUUUGGCACAAAUACCCGAUAUGCCCCCAGCAUCCCCCACAUCAGAAGCAACAGAUUUCCCUCCUCAUUACCCACAUCAAACACACAAACAUCAGGAGACUGAAACACAUUCACAGGUUCAAGCACAGACUCAGGUUCAAUCACAGGCUGAGUCCCAACAUGGUCAUGAACUUGGUUUUAAAACGAAGUUGUCUGCUCUGAAGAGCCCAGAGAAACAGUACUGAAUUUAAGCUCAAGCCUGACCCAACAAACAUGAGAUCACCUUUUCUGCACCUGUGCUUCAAGGACUGUUUCUCACAAAUUCUUUCUGAUUUCCUCAUUAACCUUUCCUUAGCUCUCUCCGAUCGGAGACCUACUCCCAUAUCACGGGAUAACUCCCCAUCUUCUGAAGGACAAGAAGGCUUGGAAGGCCUAUCCUCAAAAGAAACACCCUCUAUCUCAGUGGUUCUCAACCUUCCUAAUGCCGCGACCCCUUAAUACAGUUCCUCAUGUUGUGGUGACCCCCAACCAUGAAAUUAUUUUAGUUGUUACUUCAUAACUGUAAUUUUGGUAAUGUUAAUGAAUUGUAAUGUAAAUAUUUGAUAUGCAGGAUGUAUUUUCAUUCACUGGACCAAAUUUGGCACAAAUACCCGAUACGCCCAAAUUUGAAUACUGGUGGGGUUGGGGGAGGGUAUUGAUUUUGUCAUUUGGGAGUUAUAAUUGCUGGGAUUUAUAGUUCACCUACAAUCAAAGAGCAUUCUGAACUCCAAAAACGAUGGAAUUGAACCAAACUUGGCACACAGAAGUCCCACAAGCAACAGAAAAUACUGGAAGGUUUUGGUGAGCAUUGACCUUGAGUUUGGGAGUUGUAGUUCGCCUACAUCCAGAGACCACUUUGGACUCAAACAAUGAUGGAUCAGGACCAAACUUGGCACAAAUACUCAAUAUGCCCAAAUGUGGACACUGGUAGAGUUUGGGGAAAAUAGACCUUGACAUUUGGGAGUUGUAGUUUCUGGGAUUUAUAAUUCAGCUACAAUCAAAGAGCAAUCCGAACUCCAUCAACAAUAGAAUUGGAGCAAACUUCCCACACAGAACCCCCAUGACCAACAGAAAAUACUGUGUUUUCUGAUGAUCUUUGGCGACCCUUCUGUCUCCCCCUUGAGACCCCCCCAGGGGUCCCGACCCCCAGGUUGAGAAACACUGUUCUAAGGGCAUAUAGGAGAAAAUGCCCUUAGAAUAUGGCCAUAUAGCCCGAAAAAACCUACAACAACCCAGUGAUUCCGACCAUGAAAGCCUUCGACAAUACAUACAACUCCCAUCAUUCCAUCCAUGGCAGUUCAAGUGGUAACAAACCAUAUUAAAUUUGCAAUAUAGAUGCAUCCCUUUGGAAUGAAGACAGCACCCAUCACAAUUUAAGGCAGACUCAGGAAUCAUGCAUGAUGGGAUUUGUAGCCAAAAAAUAUUUGGAAAGCCAUAUUGAGCUAAUUUCACAUCAUGUCUCUAAACUACAAGCAUUAAUUUCUGCCAUUCCUUUCAUGCAAGGAAACCGAAUCGUCACAAAUCCUGCAAUUGUUUAGUAUGCAUUGCUUUGUUUACGAAUGACAGAUACAUUUG